AUGUAAUAAAUAGAUUAAUUUAUAGAUAAAGCUGGAUUAAGACCAAUUGACGAUUUAAAGGUUUUAUAACCUUUAGCAGAAAAAACAAAAUUAAGACCUAGUUAAUUAGCCUUUUUUUUCUUUACUUUCUUAUUUUUAUUGGUACUUUGUAGCAUUUGGGAAACUUUAAUUUGCGACUUAGUUGGUUUUGUUUAUCCUGCUUAUAUGUCAUUUAAAGCUUUAGAAACUUAAAGAACUGAUGAUGACAAAUAAUGGCUUACUUAUUGGGUUGUGUAUAGUUUUUUCACUGUUUUUGAUGACUUAUUAUAUUAUUUAUUGAGCUUUAUUCCUUUCUAUUAUUUGAUAAAAAUUACUUUCUAUGUUUAUAUGUUCCAUCCUAAUAUUUAAGGUGCUGCCCAUAUUUACACUUAAGUACUUGCACCUUUUUUAAGAAAGCAUUAAAACAAAAUUGACUAAAAUAUUUCUGAUUUGGGAAGCAAAUUAACUGAAUUAGCAAAAGAAACAAAAUAAUUUGAAGUUACUUAAAGAAAUAUUAAUUGAAGAAUAAAUAAACA